AGGAGGCAGGGCUUAAGGGCGGGCUUGCUCGAGGCGCAAGCGCGCUGGCCCGGGCGCGGCGGCAGUCUUGCGGGCGGCGUGGGCUGGGGAUUGCGGUGCCCGUGCUUCCCGGUGCCAGGGUGUCAUGGAAGGGCUGCUGACAAGAUGCAGAGCAUUGCCCGCCCUGGCCACCUGCAGCCGCCAGCUCUCUGGGUAUGUUCCUCGCAGGUUUCACCACUGUGCCCCAAGAGGAGGGCGGCGCCUGCUGCUGUCUCGUGUGUUCCAGCCACAGAACCUUCGGGAAGACCAGGUGCUCUCCCUGCAGGACAAAUUUGGUGACUGCAAGAGCCAGCGGUUGAUGCUGCAGGUGGGCCUGAUCUACCCAGCAAGCCCCGGCUGUUAUCACCUCCUGCCGUACACCGUCCGUGCCAUGGAGAAGCUCGUGCGAGUGAUAGACCAGGAGAUGCAGGCCAUCGGGGGCCAGAAAGUCAACAUGCCCACCCUCAGCCCGGCAGAGCUCUGGCAAGCCACCAACCGGUGGGACUUGAUGGGCAAGGAGCUGCUAAGACUUAGAGACAGGCAUGGCAAGGAAUACUGCUUAGGACCAACUCACGAGGAAGCCAUUACAGCCUUAAUUGCCGCGCAGAAGAAACUGUCCUACAAGCAGCUUCCCUUCCUGCUGUACCAAGUGACAAGGAAGUUUCGGGAUGAGCCCAGGCCCCGCUUUGGUCUUCUCCGUGGCCGAGAGUUUUACAUGAAGGAUAUGUACACCUUUGACUCCUCCCCGGAGGCCGCCCAGCAGACCUACAACCUGGUGUGUGAUGCCUAUUGCAGCCUGUUCAACAGGCUAGGGCUGCGAUUUGUCAAGGUCCAGGCUGAUGUCGGCAGCAUCGGAGGCACGAUGUCUCAUGAGUUCCAGCUCCCUGUGGAUGUUGGAGAGGACCGGCUUGCCAUCUGUCCCCACUGCAGCUUCUCAGCCAACUUGGAGACACUAGACUUGUCACAGAUGAACUGCCCUGCUUGCCAGGGCCCACUGACCGAAACCAAAGGCAUUGAGGUGGGGCACACAUUUUACCUGGGUACCAAGUACUCAUCCAUUUUCAAUGCCCAGUUUACCAACGUCUAUGGCAAACCAUCCCUGGCUGAAAUGGGGUGCUAUGGCUUGGGUGUGACACGGAUCUUGGCUGCUGCCAUUGAAGUCCUCUCUACAGAAGACUGUGUCCGCUGGCCCAGCCUACUGGCCCCUUACCAAGCCUGCCUCAUCCCCCCUAAGAAGGGCAGUAAGGAGGAGGCGGCCUCUGAGCUCAUAGGGCAGCUGUGCGACCACAUCACAGAGGCAGUGCCUCAGCUUCACGGGGAGGUGCUGCUGGACGACAGGACCCAUCUGACCAUCGGAAACAGACUGAAAGAUGCCAACAAGUUUGGCUACCCCUUUGUGAUCAUUGCUGGCAAGAGGGCCCUGGAGGACCCUGCACAUUUUGAGGUUUGGUGUCAGAACACUGGUGAGGUGGUCUUCCUCACCAAAGAUGGAGUCAUGGAUUUAUUGACCCAAGUGCAGACCAUCUAAAUGCCCCCAGCCCACCCCUGCCCCCAUCUUGCAGCCUUGGUGUUCAUUCUAACGCUGCCUUUUCCUACACCCCUUUCCUGGACUGUUCUCUCCAGAAACAGCACAGCUCAUGGAGGGUGAGAUCACGUUAGGGAAACCAAUUUUCCAGUCAUGUGUUCAGAUUAUUUGUAUUUAAAGUCAUUAACUUGAUCCUUUUCUCCAGACUGGCCAUGCCGCCAAAUACCUUUCCUUUUGUAUUCCAUUGUGGAAACUUCUACUAGAAGGCUGAGAGGCAAGAGAGCCAAGCUCCAGUCUUGGGUCUUACCCUGAGGGGGUAAGUCACUUCCCUUCUCUCAGCUGAGUUUUUCACGUGUAGGAUGAGAAUGGCUGAUGGCUGAGGGCCCCCCAACCUUCCCCACCCCAUAUCAGUUUGACCACGGGCCUUUUGCUACAUUCUGUCCAGAGAGCAGGCCUGCCAGUGCCCCUCCACUGAGAAGUUGGGCUGAGAGUAUGGGGAAAAGAAUCAAGAGACCUGACUGCCACCAACUCACUAGUGACUUAGAUACAUCCCCGCCCCCUGCUGGGGCCUCAGUUUCCCCAUCUGUAACUUGAGAUAAUGGAACUAGAUCUAUGAAGUCUGGAACUAGAUCUGUAAUGUCCUUAUAGGUGUCACUAGAGGGUUCCACGAGAGGUUUGUGACAGGCAGUCUGAUUCCUCUCAUUCUCCAUAGUCUGUUUCCUGGAAAGUCGAUGUAAUUAACAGAUGGCCCAAAAACUACCUCAAGAGACCUGGCCCUAUUAAGAUGGCUUAACCACUGAGAUCACGUUCUAUGGAUUGAAUAAAGUCAAACUACUGGAA